AUUCAUUUAUUUUUUUAUUUUUUAAUGAAAAGCAAAAUAUGAGUUUGCCAAACAGAAUCGAAAUUUUGAAAUUGUAUAAAAGUCUUUUGCGAUACGGAGGCCAACUGAAAUUUACCGACAAAAAUUAUUUUACAAGACGCAUUAAGAAAGAAUUUAGAACAAAUAAGGAAAUCAGUGAUGAUGGAGAAAUAAGUUUUAAGUUCGAGAAAGGUAUUAUUCUGCUGCUAAGAAAAACGAUACAAUAAUGAUAAAUAGAAUCAGGAUAAGCUUCUUAGCCAAUAACUUUAGGUGGUAUUCUUCAAUUAAAAAACGAAUAGAUUAUACACAAGUGCCUACUCUAAACGAAGCUGACCUAGAAGAACAACAAAUUAAAGGAUCUGGACCAGGAGGACAAAAAAUUAAUAAAACAUCAAGCUGUAUUUUUCUCAGACACAUUCCAACUGGCAUGGUAGUAAAAUGUCAAGAAACAAGAUCAGUUCAUCAGAAUAAAAAGAUAGCCAGGCAAUUGCUUAUUACCAAAUUGGAUAAUUAUUUUAAUAAAGAAAAUAGUGUGGAAGCUCAGACCAAACGAUUAGAAAAUAGAAAAAGUGCAGCAAACGAACAGAAAAAAGAGAAAAUGAGACAGCUCAAAGGACAGUGGAAAGAAAGAGAAAAUAUAGAUUGAAGAAGGCUUCUUAAUUGUUUGUGAUCAAUACCUAAAUAUUUAAUUAGUAAAGUACCUAUUUGUGUUGUUUAGCAAGAAAAUAAAUUGUUUAAUUUGUUUUUUUU